AAUUUCACCUACAAAUCCUACACUUCUUCUGAGUUUGAUUUCUUUCUUGGAUUAAUUAGUACUCUCAAUCCCUCAAUAACAAUGUUUGGUUGGAGAAGAAGGAAAGCAAAAGGAAAGAAACAGGAUGGCAGCCAUGAGAAGCAGCUUGAGAUACCAAAGCAUUUCCGGUGCCCGAUAUCCCUCGAUCUCAUGAAAGAUCCGGUAACAUUGUCUUCUGGGGUCACGUAUGAUCGAGAAAGCAUCGAAACGUGGCUUGAGGCUGGCAAUUUCACCUGCCCUGUUACGGAACAGGUGCUCAGAAGUUUCGAUCAGAUACCCAAUCAUACUCUCAGGAAGAUGAUUCAAGAAUGGUGCGUCGAAAAUCGGAAUUACGGUGUAGAACGGAUCCCCACUCCCAGAAUUCCCGUCGACUCUGUUGAGGUCUCCGAGAUUCUGCUCGAAAUUACGGCGUCCAACAACCGAUUGGAUCAAGUGGGUUGUCUGGAAUCUGUGGAGAAAAUCAAGAAUUGGGGCGUGGAGAGCGAAAGAAACCGCCGCUGCAUUGCAGAAAAUGGGACGGUACCGGUCCUUACCGCCGCAUUUCAUGCAUUCGCAACCGACUCGUUUGAGAAAAACGCCAAUUUGCUGGAAGAGAUUCUUUCAGUGAUGAACUGGAUGUACCCUCUCGAUGUGGAAUCCAUGACGAACUUGGGAUCGCAUUCGUCUUUAUGUUCCCUGGUGUGGCUUCUGAAAUGCAGGGAUGUUUCAGCGAAACAGAACGCCAUGAUUGCCCUGAAAGAGGUCCUCUGCUCAGACCAGCAAUUUGCAGAAUCGCUGGCUGCCAUUGAUGAAGCCAAAGAGAUCCUAUUCAAGUUCAUCAAAGACCCCAUUUCUCCUUCAAUCACAAAAGCAUCCCUCACAGUAAUCUUCCAUUUGGUUUCUUCUCCACAUGAAAAGAUCAAAUCCGAAUUCGUUAAAAUGGGUUUGGUUUCUCCCGUCCUGGAAAUCAUCAUGGAAUCCGAGAAGAGCAUGUGCGAGAAGGCCUUAGGUGUUCUCCAUGAACUCUGCCAUACCAAAGAAGGGAGGGAAGAAGCAUACGAGAAUGCCCUAACAAUCCCUGUUUUGGUUAAGAAAAUUCUGAGGGUAUCAGAACUGGCAACAGAUUACUCUGUUUCGACAAUAUGGAAACUCAGCAAACUCGAAACGAAAUUCGAAGGGAGGGUUUUGAUCGAAGCGCUUCAAGUUGGUGUAUUUCAGAAGCUGUUGCUGCUCUUACAGGUUGGAUGUGGGGAUGACACGAAGGAGAAGGCGACUGAGCUUUUGAAGCUGUUGAAUCCUUACAGGGCUGGCUUGGAAUGCAUCGACUCUGUGGAUUUCAAGAAUCUCAAGAGAUCGUUUUGAAGAAAGAUUAAUCUCCUUAGAAAUUCCUUAUUCUCUAAUUCUUUAUUCUUUUGUGUUAAUGUUGAAUAAACACAUGUGGAUGGAGAUAAUUCAUUUUCCACAUACAAGUUUUGUACAGAUAUCAUGGUAUGAAAAUUGAUGAGAAUGUUAUACAU